AUGGGUGCGGCAUGCUCCACCGAGCCAAGUGAGAAAAGCCAGGCACUGGUGCCGUACGCUGAGGAAUCUCAGCUGGCGAUAAAUCAUGCCGCACAUGCAGCGGCAGGGCAGGAUGAUGCGCAGGCAUGGCAGGGCAACGUCUCUGCGGAGUACUGCUCAUUUGAACAGCUGGCAGCGGCCGGUCAGGUGGCAAUGUGCGCUCGCAUCUACGAGGACACUGCAAGAAAACUCUUGCUGGACCAGCGGGCGGAGCUGCGGGAGCCUGUGGCGAAAUCCCUCACAGAUGCGCUGACAGUAGCUGGUGCCCUGGGCUCUUUGCCAGGGCCUUCUGAGGCCGACCAGCUUGCGUGGGCCUUCCGCCGCGCCUUUGAUGAGCAACUUGCGGCAGGGGCGAUUCCCAAAGCUGGAUCACCUCCGCGAGGCGCCACUGACGCUAGAAGCGUCAUCGCUGCGGCUAUCCAGAAGGGUGUGCCGCUGUACAACGGUGGAAAUCCCGACGGCUGCGCACAGGUCUAUGCGGAAGCGGCGAGAAACCUCCUCGACGGAGGAUCGCUGGGGUCGGGUGCCCGUGCCACACUCCAGCGGGCGCUCGACUCGCUUCAGCAGCUACCCAACGCCGACGCGAGGGCUUGGGAGCUCCGCCGGGCACUGGACGCCGUGGCAAAGGCCGACUCCCAGCCUUCGCCGUCGGAAAGUGUCCCGCCACCGGCGAUGGUCCGAGACUUCUCGGCAAAGCGUGGGCUGGAGGUGGCCGGUUUCAUCGUGAACGACACCGUCAUGGGCGGCCGCUCUGACAGCGAGCUGGUGAUGUCCGACCAGGGAGCUGUCUUUCGCGGCACGGUCACCAAGCGUGGCGGUGGCGGCUUUGCCUCGGUUCGAUUUCAGCCGCGGGACCGCGGGGCCUUCCUGGCCAUGUUGCGCUCGGCCACGGGUGUAGCGCUGAAGAUCCAGAGGAUACAGGGCUGUGCGAGCUGGAAACUGCAGCUGAACAGUCAGCAAGAGAAACAGUGGCAGCAGGACGGGCCUUGA